AAGCCGUACCUUAGGAGGGGUGGGGGUGGCACGGCCCUGAACACCCGUAUAUAUAUGUGAUAUGGCUGCUCUAGAUAAUACACUCCCACUCCUCCUCAUCUCUGCAGAUAUGAACUCCUACGUGGUUUUGGUAGCUGUUAUGGCCAGCCUAGUCCACGCUGCCCCCAGCUGGAACGGCCCCCUCGCCUCCCCAGUGGUGCUCCCCUCCGGUUACCUGGCUGACACCCCCGAGGUGGCAUCUCUCAGGGCAGCUCAUUUAGCCGCCCUGGCUGCAGCUCCUGGCGGGAACCCCCUCUACGCUCCAUUAUAUGACAGCCCCGCUGACGUUCCAUUUCCCAAAUGGAAUGGACCUCUAGCCUCCCCCGUGGUACUUCCCUCUGGUUAUCUCGCUGACACUCCUGAGGUCGUAGCUCUCCGUGCCGCCCACGCCGCUGCCCUCGCCCACUCUUACCACUAAACCACUCCCGCCUGCCACUGCUGCCAUCCGCUACCCGUCAUCCGUCACACCGGAUGUGUCCAACAGUACAAAACCAGCUUUUGGGAUAAAUGGGAUGAUUCAGCAGCUGCAGUUAUUUCAUAAUUUAUUUUUUAUCUGCUAUUUGCUCAAAUUACAAUAAACAAUGUCAGAUUUGUA